CGUCCAUUUGUUAGUAGCCGUUUGAAAUGGGGACCAAAGGGGGCAUGCGCAUCUUCCGGUACGCUGAUCGCACGGACAGGCUGUUGCUGUUGUUCGGGACUUUGGGUAGCAUUGGGGACGGGAUGAGUAUGCCGCUUACGAUGUUGAUUCUCAGUAAUCUGAUCAACAAAUAUGGAAGCACUUACUCUAAAGAUCAUUUAACUUUAAGCAAUCAUUUGGUGAACGAGUAUGGACUCAAGAUGCUGUAUGUUGCUAUUGGAGUAGCCUUUUCUGCUUUCAUUGAGGGAAUAUGCUGGACAAGAACAGCAGAGAGGCAGACAUCUCGGAUGAUGAUGGAAUAUUUGAAAUCAGUUCUCAGGCAAGAUGUUGGUUUCUUUGACAACCAAGCUGAUUCUUCCACUACCUUCCAAGUAAUUUCUAGUGUCUCCUCCGAUGCUCAUUCAAUCCGCGAUGUCAUAGCCGAAAAGAUACCCAACUGCCUGACUCACUUAUCAUCUACAAUCUUCUGCUUCUUAUUUUCCUUCCUACUGUCAUGGAGACUGGCAUCGGCUGUUCUUCCCUUAACACUACUAUUUUUUAUACCGGGGGCAGGAUUUGGGAAGCUAAUGAUGAACCUAGGACUAAAGAUGAAGGAUGCUUAUGGGGUUGCAGGUGGGAUUGCAGAACAAGCAAUCUCCUCAGUCCGAACAGUUUAUUCAUAUGCGGGGGAGAUUCAAACACUAAAUAGGUUUAGCCAAGCACAUCAAAAAUGCACAGAGCUUGGUAUAAAGCAAGGGUUUGUAAAGGGACUGCUGUUUGGGAGCAUGGGAAUGAUUUAUGCAGUUUGGGCUUGUCAAGCUUUGAUUGGAAGCAUUCUCAUUACGGAGAAAGGAGAGAGAGGUGGAGCUGUUUUCAUUUCUGGAUUGUGUGUUGUUCUGGGAGGGCUGUCUAUAAUGGGUGCCCUCCCGAAUAUUUCAUUCUUUGCAGAGGCAAAAGCUGCAGCCACCAGGAUUUCCGAGAUGAUAGACAGAGUACCACUUAUUGACUCUGAAGAUGACUCAGGAAAAAUUCUAGAAGAAGUGAGAGGAGAAAUUGAAUUUAAAGAGGUUUAUUUUAGUUACCCCUCACGAUCUGAUACACUGAUUCUUGAAGGAUUCAAUCUCAGAGUACAAGCUGGCGAGACAGUAGGUCUUGUUGGAGAGAGUGGUUCUGGCAAGUCCACAAUCAUUUCUUUGCUCGAGAGAUUUUAUGACCCUGUCAAAGGAGACAUUCUCUUCGAUGGAUGCAAACUAAAGACUCUUUCGCUCAAAUGGGUGAGAUCUCAGAUGGGGCUGGUUAAUCAAGAACCAGUUCUCUUUGCAACAUCCAUUAAGGAGAAUAUCCUGUUUGGCAAGGAAGGAGCUCCCAUGGAACUUGUUAUAAGUGCAUCUAAGGCUGCAAAUGCUCAUGACUUUAUCACUAGAUUGCCUGAAGGAUACGAGACCCAAGUGGGGCAACUUGGAAUUCAAUUGUCUGGAGGUGAAAAGCAGAGAAUAGCCAUGGCAAGGGCUUUAAUCAGAGACCCAAGAAUACUUCUUCUGGAUGAAGCUACAAGUGCUCUGGAUGCACAAUCUGAAAGAAUAGUGCAAGAAGCCCUUGACAAGGCUUCACUGGGAAGAACAACGAUCAUCAUUGCCCACCGCCUUGCCACAAUUCGUAAGGCCAAUACUAUAGUGGUUCUUCAAUCAGGGAGAGUAGUUGAAUCAGGACCUCAUGAUGAGGUGUUGCAAAUGAACAAUGGAAAAGGUGGAGCCUACUUAAGAAUGGUGCAAUUGCAUCAAUCGACAAUGCAGACUGAAGACACUAGUAUUCCCUAUCAAUCAUCAGGAGCUAGAAGCCCCAACAUAUUGAUGAGUGCUCAGUCUCCCAAGAUUCCUUUCAGAGCAAGAUCAAGUUGGCAAAGCAGCCCAGCUUUCCCCUUCAGCCCAGCAUUAUCCCUCAAUUGGGAGCAAUCCUUUGAUAUGCCUCCUAAUGAUGACAGCAAAGAUGAAAAGCCUUCUUAUCCUACACCUUCAUGGCACUUGCUGCAAAUGAAUGCACCUGAGUGGAAGAGGUCAGUGCUUGGUUGUUUAGGAGCUGUCGGUGCUGGAGGAAUUCAACCAUUCAAUGCUUAUUGUAUGGGAACACUUGUCUCAGUAUACUUACUAAAGGACAAUUCCAAAAUCAAAUCAGAGACCAAAUACUAUAGCUUCAUAUUCUUAAGCCUUACGGUUCUCAGCUUUGUAACCAAUCACCUUCAACAUUAUGAUUUUGCAAUCAUGGGAGAGCAUCUAACGAAAAGGGUGCGGGAGAAAAUGCUUGCAAAUGUGCUCACCUUUGAGAUUGGCUGGUUUGAUAGUGAUGAGAACACAAGUGCAGCAAUCUGUGCAAGCCUAGCCAUGAAAGCCAACAUGGUUCGAUCUCUUAUUGGAGAUCGUAUGUCAUUAUUGGUACAGGUGUUCACCAAUGCUUCCUUGUCUUUUGUCCUUGCAUUAGUGGUCACAUGGAGAUUAGCCAUUGUGAUGAUUUCCAUGCAGCCUUUUCUCAUAUGGUGCUUCUAUUCAAGGACUGUUCUAAUGAAGAACAUGUCUGAGAAAGCCCGAAAGGCACAUGAUGAAAGAAGCCAAUUAGCAAGUGAAGCAGCUGUCAAUCACAGGACCAUUACUGCCUUUUCUUCUCAAAAAAGAUUACUAGGUCUCUUUGCAAAUACAAUGAAAGGCCCAAGGAAAGAAAGCAUCAAACAGUCAUGGCUUUCAGGUGUUGGGAUGUUUAUCUCCCAGUUCCUGACAACAGCUUCUGUAGCUUUGACUUACUGGUAUGGAGGGAGACUAAUGACUCAAGGAUUAAUUUCCCCAAAGCAGAUAUUUCGAGCUUUCUUCAUCUUGAUGAGCACAAGUAGAAAUAUUGCAGAAGUAGGAAACAUGACAUCUGAUUUAGCCAAAGCUGCCAAUGCAAUCACAUCACUUUUUGCAAUCCUAGACAGGAAGAGUGAGAUUAAGCCUGAAGAUCCAGAAGGGAUUAAGGUUGAAAAGAUUAAGGGUGAAAUAGAGCUGAGAAAUGUGUUCUUCUGUUACCCAUCGAGACCUGAAAAAAUGAUCUUCAAGGGCCUAAAUCUUAAAAUUGAAGCUGGAAAAACAGUGGCAAUCGUGGGACAGAGUGGUUCAGGCAAAUCAACAGUCAUUGCACUAAUUGAAAGAUUCUAUGAUCCAAUAAAGGGGUCAAUACUAAUAGAUGAACAGGACAUCAAGAUCUACAAUUUAAGAAACUUGAGGUCUCAUAUUGGAUUAGUGAGUCAGGAGCCCACUCUUUUUGCAGACACUAUCCGCCAGAACAUUCUCUAUGGUAAGGAAAAUGCUACAGAAGCUGAAGUAAGGAACGCUUCAAUUCUUGCCAACGCUCAGGAAUUUAUAAGUUCUAUGAAAGAUGGAUAUGAAACAUAUUGUGGAGAAAGAGGGGUCCAACUAUCAGGAGGCCAGAAGCAGAGGAUAGCACUUGCUCGAGCAAUUCUGAAAAAUCCAGCAAUCCUUCUACUGGAUGAAGCAACCAGUGCACUUGAUAGCGUUUCAGAGAAUAUAGUCCAAGAAGCACUGGAGAAACUAAUGGGUGGGAGGACUUGUGUAGUUGUAGCGCACCAAUUAUCCACAAUACAGAAGUCAGACUCCAUAGCUGUGAUAAAGAAUGGAAAGGUUGUGGAACAAGGAUCACACUCCGAUUUACUUGCUGUGGGAUGUGGUGGGUCAUACUACUCUUUAAUAAACCUACAAUGUGGCGACUCAGCAACUCCCCUUACAAAAAAGGCAGUGGAACUGUAA